UAAUCAAAAUGGCUAUCAAAGGAUUACCGACAACGAAACUGACAAUUAACUCCAGAAACCUAGAAUCUAGUAACUGAGUCGCAUUUUGAAACAAUUCUUAAGGCAAAAACAGAGAUUUGACGAUUGUGGGUCGGGAUGAAAAUUAAAAGAAGUGAACAAAACAAGUAAUUUGUAUGCAAAGAUAACAAUGCGACUUAUAGCCAGGGUGUGAAACGAUUAACCAUAAUUAAUUUAGCCCCAUAAAGCCUUGGCUUUGUGGAAAUUCACGCUCGAAAGAGGAAGAACAAAAAAACGAAGUCACUUUUGUUCACUAUCGGUUAGAUGAGGCGCUACCCCACGACGCCUAGCAACGCGUUUUGAUCAAAACGAAGUAUUCGUUCGUAUCAGGCAAUAUCACUUCAUGUAGACUCGAGGGGAGUGAUAUAUAAGCACUCGACGGGUUUAUUUGCACAACGAUCUAUUAACGUCAACCUCGUAUCUACAUGAAUUGUAGGCGAAUUCCAGACGUCAUUAGAGACGAUUAAAGCUGGUUUGAUUUAUCCAUCAUGGCGGCGGCUCUGUUUCGGGAAAGUUUACAAGUGCAGCCGGCCGUGAGGGCGAAAGCCGCGAACAAGGAUUUGAAACAGAAGAACAACCGAGCAUUACAUAACUGGCAGAAGGUGAGGAACGUGCUGGACAGAGAGAAAGAAAAAUGGGCGAAAGGAGUUCAAGAUGAUCGAAACAAGCUGCUGAAGCAUCGCGAAAUGCUGCGAAACACGUCACUGAACCUAACAAGGUCCGACUCUUUACACUCCGAAGACGAUGCCACCCCUCAAGUUAAGCCUCGUUUGUCUUUAAAAGAUGUGUACGACACGCUCCUGAAGAGCGCCCAAGAACAAGAAGAUGGUGGCUUUGACAGCAAGAGCGUCAAAUCAGAGCCGCCAAUAAUGUCAUCGACAGUCAGCUCCGAACAGAAGCGAGUGGGAAGAAAAGCAAUCACAUUUUCUUUACAAGGUCUACAGAAAGCAAACAGCAAUCUGCAAAGUAAACUACAAGCUAUGGAAAAAGCGCAACAACGUGACCUGGCAGUUGAUGAUGAAAAUCACAAUGCACGGCCAGUUUCAGGGCCGCCACCGAGCCAUUUUGACUUAAACGACGAGGAACGCAGCUUAGGCCCGACUCUAAAGCUCCCCCCUACCCGUCUUCCACCUAUAGCUAGAAGCGUGUCUUUCAAACCUCAAGCGCGGAGUUUUAACAAGGAUGAAGAGUUUAAGAAGCGCGUCAAAGGCCGAGAAUAUUCACUAGAUGACAUACGCUACUGCCGCUACUUAAGGAAGCGAGCGUUAUCUGAUCCGAUUGAACCAACGAAAAAACUACCUCAUCACCAUCGAAGUACAACUUCAUCUAAACCUCAAGGAAAAAAAUAACACGCAAAUGUCUACGUUAGUUUUGCGGGGGACUAACUGUGCACACACAACCUGAACUAUAUAUUGACUCGAAAUUGUAGCAAAAGACCAAAAUCAAGAUAGCCUGUUCAUUUGCAUUUUUCCUGUUGCCCACUUAAACGUUGUACGGUUUCAUAUCACAUCGACAAUAAUGAAGCUACACUUCUAAACUUUACCUAAAAGAUAUCAAGUGAUAAUGGCGACAAAUAGUAUUUUGGGGAGAGGUUAUUCACAACCUGAAUGAAAAGCACAAAAGAGAGGAAGACGAAAACAAAAAUGUUGAAUAACAGACAGGAAAAACUGAUGAAACAUGUAUGACGUACUUCGGUUACAGCGACAACACGAAUGAUAAACGAUAUUUUGGUUGCACGAAAUAACAGCGUAAUAACACGUACAGAAAGAACUGGCAGAGUAGAGCAAAAGCUCGAAACAAGGAAUCAAACUCUCCAAAAACACUCCUGGUAGUCAUUACAAGAAACUACAACGGAAAGAGGAAUAUUUAUAGCGAAAGCCAUCACUAAAUAGUUUCAGAAUAAACGAUGCGCGACCGAUAUGUGUAGCAACACGAGGAUGUUAACAUGUAAUUAUACCUUUACAAAGAUAUUGUCGAGCACUUUUCAGAAAAAGGUUCAGUCCGAACGAAGUUCGGCAAAUAGUAAAACCUUUCGGUACACAAGAACUUGUUGUACCAUGUCAUGAAGACAAAAAAACAAAUUUAAACAAAGCAUAUAUUGUUCAAUGAAUAAAAAUAGAUUAGAAAAUA